AUGUAUCUUGGUGUUUCAAUGCACUGCAAGUGCUUCAGCAAGAUGAACCUGUGGCUUGCUCAAAUAUCAUUUAUGCGGGACGAGGAGAUAGUUAUUAAGGGCAAUCUUGUGCGAUUGCUGGUGAUGCGCUCAGGCGUCUGCUUGGCGCUAAGGAAAAACUCCGAGAUGGUGCUUAGCGGGGAAAUUGUCCUGCCCUACUGUCCCGUCCUGUCGCCAUGCACUUCUGGGUGUCAGCAGCGAUCGUUUGCAGCAGGUGUCGAUGGAAGAAGCGAUUCGCGGAAUUCGGAACUUGAUGACUCGGCGAUCUCACCUGCAGUUGUAGAAGAAAACCGGUCGAUGGGCUCUACCGAUUCGGAGAAAAAGUUCCUACCGGACCUCCCGGAACAAAUGAUGCGAGUCAUGCAUGUCUGGAGCGGAACUGGCUUUCGUCAUCGAGAUCUCCAUAGAGGGGGCAAAAAGUGCGCACUCUCCAGUGCCGUGUCCGUUUGCACUCGACUGACGAAGGCUCUGAGUAAACACAGUCCGGUUACGCCGUUUCGCCCUCGUCGACCGAUCAGAGGUCGAGGAGCCGAAACUCAUUGUGCAUUCGCCACGGCGCUUCCUCAUCUUUCCCUUCUUCUAGCUGUCCUCGUCGAUGACACGCAUGUUCUUGGCCAGGAGGGGAUUCUACGAAAACGGUGA